GUACAAAUGCCACCAUCUUCAGUGGACUACCAGACACUGCAUAUCGCUCCCCUUCAGUUUACUAAUUAAAACCCUCUUGGAUCCUGGCAAAAGAGUAAGACCCCAGCCAGGUUGCAGGGGGUGUGCAGCAUCAGAGCCACUGCUUCGUCUCUUUGACUGCCAAAUUACGUGGGUGCAGGCUGGUCAUGUGGAUUCUGAUCUGCAAGAUUGGAAAGGGCUGGGUCUCCUAUAAUCACCAACCGAGGGCUCUUAAAAAUUACUCAACGGAAACGGACCACAUCAGAGAGGCAGAGGCCGACCUUGCUGCUGUGAGCAACCUCAUCUCAGGAACAAACUGAAAGAGCAUCUCUACUGGGGUCCAUCAGAACAGACACCAUGGCCGAGUACGACUACGAAGACCUCGGGUUCUUCAACGCUUCCAAUGACAGCAGCCAGGGGCACGAACACUUCCUGCAGUUCAGCAAGUUGUUCCUGCCCUGCAUGUAUGUGGUGGUGUUCAUCUGUGGCCUGGUGGGGAACUCCCUGGUGCUGGUCAUAUACAUCUUCUACCAGAAGCUGAAGAGCCUGACGGACGUGUUCCUAAUGAACCUGCCCUUGGCUGACCUGGUGUUCGUCUGUACUCUGCCCUUCUGGGCCUAUGCAGGCUUCCACGAGUGGGUCUUUGGCAAAGUCAUGUGCAAAACCCUGCUGGGCAUCUACACUUUGAACUUCUACACGUCCAUGCUCAUCCUCACCUGCAUCACCAUGGACCGCUUCAUUGCAGUGGUUCAGGCCACCAAGGCCUAUAACCAGCAGGCCAAGCGGAUGGCCUGGGGUAAGGCCGUCUGCUUGUCCAUCUGGGUAGUUUCCCUGCUGGUUUCCUUGCCGCAGAUCAUCUAUGGCAACGUCCUUUACCUUGACAAGCCUGUCUGCGGCUAUCACAACGAGGAGAUUUCCACCAUGGUUCUGGCCACCCAGAUGACACUGGGGUUCUUCCUGCCAUUGCUUGCCAUGAUUGUCUGCUACUCAGUCAUAAUCAAGACACUGCUUCAGGCCCGAGGCUUCCAGAAGCACAAGUCUCUGAAGAUCAUCUUCCUGGUGGUGGCGGUGUUCCUGCUGACCCAGACGCCCUUCAACCUCGUGAAGCUCAUCCGCAGCGUGAGCUGGGAGUACCACGCGAUGACUAGCUUUCACUAUGCCAUCACAGUGACAGAGGCCAUCGCCUACCUGCGUGCCUGCCUUAAUCCUGUGCUCUAUGCCUUUGUUGGCCUGAAGUUUCGGAAGAACUUCUGGAAACUUGUGAAAGACGCUGGCUGCCUCCCUUUCCUGGAUGUCUCAAGCCAACGGAAGUGUUCAGAGGACACUUCCAGGACUGCUUCAGCCUCUCGCAACAUGGAGGCGACCAGCAUGUUCCAGCUGUAGGCCUUGCUGAGCUUGGAGAGGCUGCUCAG